CCAAAAGAAUAAAAAUAUGUAACAGCUCUUUAUUCUAUUCCUAAAAUAUUAUUAUUGUAAAUUUUGAACCUCUCAAUAUUCCAUAAAAGACAUAUACAUAUACAGUUACAAGUUUGGCUUCUUCGUACUCUGCAGGUCAAGCCGAACACGGCGUGCAAAACUAUGGAGCGAAGGAGAGUGAACUGGUGCGAGCUUCCGCCGGAGCUAUUCUCAAUGAUCAGCCACCGCCUGGACUCACCGGUUGACAUUCUCCGAUUCCGCAGUGUAUGUAAUACAUGGCGUGCCUCAUUCCCUCCAUUUCAAUAUGGGACUCUUCCUCCUUUACCCCUCAAAUUCCCCUGCCCAUUUGCCACCGGAAAAGACGCUUUUCUCUCGGAAACCACCAUCUAUCGUCUGGAGCCUUCAAUUCAAAGUCCUGUUUGGUCAAAAUUGAAGACACCCUUUCUGGAAAAUUUUUCUCCAUUCGCCGUGUCCACGAACCCAGGUGUCCUUUUCCAAAGGAUUUGAGUUUUUUGGACUUUCGGAUGGUAAAAUUAGGCAAAUCUUAUGGAAUCGACUACCUGAGUUACAUUUACCCCGUAAGUGGUGUUACUAAAGUAAUUCGGUACCCUGAUACAUCGUCAGCAUCGUCAGCAUCAGCUAAUUACGCUGAAGAAAAUACUUCAAUUUUCGUAAUUUACGACGGAGGGAAACUGGGUUACGCUAAAUCUGGGGAUCGAGCACUGACCCGAGUCGAUGUUCAUGAUCAGGUUACUGAUUACCACGAUAUAAUUGUUCAUAAAAGAAAACCAUAUGUCGUAGACAAGUGGGGAACAAUUUCACGCAUUAACGACUCGUCGUUGGAGUUGACCCAAGUUUCACCGCCGCCAUCCUCUUCGAUUGGUUUGCAAUUGGGUGGUCGAAAACAUUUGGUAGAGUCUUGUGGAGAGCUUUACUUAGUUGAUAGAUACUUCGAUCCUCAUGACGAGACGAGGGCAAACCACCAAGGUCCUAAUGUUCCUUAUCGUGGUCGUAUUAUUCGUUAUGGAAUAGUUAAUUCGGUAGUGGUCCGCAGAAAUAUAAUUCGUGGGAAAACCAUUGGUUUCAAAGUUUAUAAGGUGGAAAAUGAUUGGGGCAAUUGGGUGGAGGUGACAAACUUGGGUGAUCGGGCAUUUUUCUUGAAUGAUGAUAUUGCUUUCUCUGUUUCAGCUUCUGAAUUUGAUGGAUGCAGAGGUAAUUGCAUCUAUUUUAAGGAUCGGAAUGACAGUAAAUUAUUCUCACUUGGUCGGAAAUUUUCUGUCUUUAAUUUUGAGGAUCGUAGCAUUAGUGCAAAUCGGUGGUCCAAACGUGUUCGAUACUCUAAUCUGCAUCUCAAUCGAAAGCUAUGGGUAUUGGACUGUUCAAAUUCCUCUCAAGGUACUGCCUGAGUAAGUAUGAUGUUUUUCUAAUCUUUUUAAUUAGUUCCCUUAUGACUAAAUGUCAUAAGUGUGAUGAAUAUGUGAGUUGUAUUAACUAAUGGGUUUGUAAAACAAUGUAUUUUGGUGCAGUAGAAUACCAUAUUGCAGAUAAAUAUUUUCAGUUGAGUAUGAAAUUCUGUACCCUAUAUAAAUGGUUAGAAGUGAUAUGGUAAGAUUA